UACAAUGGGUUGAAGUGUUGUUGGUGUCAUUUUGGUUUGUGCUGUGGAGGAACAAUUGUCCAUUAUGGUGGACAAGAAAGGAUCUAGGAAAAACUCAAUGGCUGUGGCUAUAGAACGCCAUGGUUUCGGCGUUCGUCACAUCCAGAUGGGCGUAAUGUGCAUUUGCAUGACGGCUCUCUUUAUCGCGCGGAGCAGUAUGGGAGUGGCGAUUCUAGCCAUGACUGACGAAAGUCGUAGAAACGACUCUAGCGUUAAGAUAUACGAGUGGGACAAGGAGACUCAGGGUCUUAUCCUCUCCUCUUUCUUCUGGGGAUACAUCGUAAUGCAAAUCCCAAGUGGGCUGCUCUCCAAACGUUUCGGAGGCAAGCCUAUACUACUAACAGCUAUGGUUGCGAACGCCGCCAUUAACUUGAUGAUACCAACACUCGCGGAGUUGGGUGGCUGGCGUCUAAUAUGUGCGUCUAGGGUCCUCAUGGGUCUGUCCCAGGCCUGCUUGUUCCCCGCAUCGCAUACACUUAUAGGACGAUGGCUGCCAGCUCACGAACGAACUUCGUAUACUGCAAUUGUUUAUGGAGGAUCAAUGAUUGGCACAAUAGUGGGCAUGCCUGUGUCUGGCAUUCUAGCAGCGACUGCUAUCGGUUGGAAGCUCAUAUUCUAUUCUAUAUCGGGGCUUGUUUUUGUUUCUGCCGCCAUAUUUUAUCUCGCAGCUGCGAGCUCUCCAGGCGAGCACAAACUGAUGAGAGAUGAAGAAAGAAAAUACAUAGAGAAAGGAUUGAAUGCGGGAGGAUCUAAGGAAAUGCGUACCCCAUGGAGUGAUAUAUUCCGAACCAAAGUGUUCUGGGUCCUGGUCGUCACGCAUAUAGGUAGUGCUGUCAGUUUUGUACUGUUCUUCGUGGACUUACCCACGUACCUGGAGCGGGGACUGCAAAUAUCUUUAAAAACUAGUGCAUCCCUGUCUGCUCUUCCAUACAUUGGAAUGUGGAUCGGCUCAGUGGCGUCAUCUACAGUUUGUGAAGAAAUAUACAACAGAAAAAUUCUCUCUGUCGGAGUUUGCAGGAAAAUAUUCAAUUCUAUAUCAUUUUUCGGCAUGUCAGCGUCACUCAUCGUGCUAUCCUUUCUGGGUCCAGAGAAUAAGAUCACGGCCAUUGUUGUCCUCGUCAUCGCUUUAACUUUAUACGGCUUCAAUGCUGCCGGGUUUAUGAUGAGUCAUCUGGACACAUCCCCAAACUUCGCCGGUGUGUUGUUGUCUCUGACCAACUUCGCAGCUAACAGUGGCAGCAUUCUAACACCCAUAAUUACUGCUCUCAUACUAAACAAUGAUCCGACUGACGUGAGUCGAUGGCGUAUAGUGUUCCUGUCGACUGCUGCUCUGUGUACUAUCACCAACACUGUGUACGUUCUAUUCGGAAGCAGUAAACGGCAACCAUGGGAUAGUCCUGACUUCAAUAAAACGGCAGAUCCUGAAGAAAUGAAACCAGCAUUGGCGAGAAUUGACACGGAGGAAAAGGAAUGAAAAUGGUUUGCCAAGUCAUAUGAAGAGACAUAGCAAAUACUCGUACAUUUUUUGUAAUAAACUUUUCUACUCUUAGCUUAGCUCCCUUUAAGCCUACCUAAGGUAAACGUACUAGUGCUCGACAUGCUAAUGCCCAAUAGACGACACCUUGCUGUCACCUCAAUUGACAAUGACUUAAGUUUCAAGAUGACAUGUACUGGGACCGCGUCGAGCACCAGUACGUUUACCUUAUUUACUCGUAAAAAGUGUUCAAAACUCACUUUUGUUGCUCGAUAUGUGGGUCCCUUUUGGGAAAACUAAGUAUAAAUAUAUGAAUCUGUAUGUAUAUGUAUUGUACACUGUAUAUCUAAUUAUUUUAUUUUAUGUUCUGCUGGUUAAAUCACAUAAAGUUUUGUUACUAUUUGGAUCUAGUCUUUGUAUUUCGUGCAAUAUUUUCAUUUCGUGCAUUAUAGCAAACGAAAUGUGGAAUAAAUAAACGUUAAGCAGA